CAAUACUCCCACAAAAAAUUAAAGUAAAUAUGUCUCUAUUAUAUUUUAAUUUAUUCUUUUGGGCGAUUUUUGUAUGUGCUAAUAAUUAUAAUUUGUACACAUACAAAGCAAAUGCUUCAUUAUUAUUAUCGUCCCAUUUGAAUUGUUCAAACAUCUAUGUUGAUUCUUCUUCUGGCCAUGGAGAUUACAAUUCUAUCCAAGAAGCAAUUGAUUCAGUCCCUGUGAACAACAAUAUUUGGGUCUGCAUUCAUGUCAAAGCUGGAAAUUAUAGAAGUGUAUAAUAUCAGUAGAUACAGGCAAUGAUAAGACAAUGGUGGGAUACAUAACAUCACAAGGGAGAGACAGCCCAGAUGAAAAGAGUGGGUUUGUGUUCAAGAAAUGUUAUGUGAAUGGAAAUGGCAAAGCCUAUUUGGGAAGGCCUUGGGGAGACUAUUCAAGAGUCAUUUUUUUCAAGACUCAUAUGGAAAACAUCAUUGUCCCUCAAGGUUGGUGGGCUAAUGAUGAACUCCUUUCCAAUGGGGGUGGGGAUAAGUUGACAUAUGUGGAAGAGGAGUGCAGUGGACCGGCGGAAAAGCUUGAUGCAGAGAUGGAAGGGAAGAAACAAGCUCAAAAUCCAUGUCCGUCGCCGUCUUCUUCGUCCUUCAAAACCCCCAGGCCUCCUUUACGCUCCUUCAAUUUCCAAUCCUCUCCUCGGUUCUUCACUCCCUGCAAUGUCACCCCUGCUUCCUCCGUUCGCGGCCGCCACGCGAGGAAGAGCUCCGCCACAGCGGCCAAGAGCAAAGCAGCGCGAAAGCUGCGAGAUUUCGAGCAGGAGCAGUCGAAAUCGUCCCGGAAGGCCUUGACGGAAAAGGAGAAGUCGCUCAAGUCCUUAGCCAAGUCGCUUGGCGUUUGGCUGAAUUUCCUGUUCGAGAAUCCUAGGUCUUGUGGGUGCGAUGUGUCACGGUUUUCCGCCGGAGGGAUUGAGAAUUUGGGGGAGUGUGAGGCUGGAGUUGCGCUCACUGGGAAGAGGGAGAGCAGGCCGGCUUGUGUGGUUGGGGACGGGGAACCCUGGAGGGAUCCCAAGAGGCAGAGGAACAUGUCGUGGAGGGGUUUGGGGAAGGAGGAAACAUGGGCGUUUCCGGAUUCCAUGUUCUCCAGGUUGAAGACUUCGUUGCUUGAAGUUUGCAGCUUUGAUGAUCUGAAGGAGAGAAUGAAGAAUUACUUGAGUUUGGGAAGCUGUAAGGAGAUAUUCACUGCCAUGACUCAAGUAGCAAAGAAUAUUGAUGAAGGAAGAUUGAAAAUGAAGGCUCAUUGCCCCAUGGUUACUGAUGUUGGAAUGAAGGAGAAAGCUUUGAAAACUCUCAUGUGUUAUAACCCCACCUGGAUUCGGAUUGGAUUGUACAUAAUUCUGGGUGGUGACUCCUUGCUGCAAAAUGAAGAUGCUAAUUCUGAACAGGAAGUUGCCUUCUUCAGGAUGCUGAUCGAGAAGCAGUUUUUCUCACAUGCCGGUUUAGCAAAAACAUAUGCUUAUAACAAAUUGGUUGAAGGUUUAUACAGACCUGGUUACUAUGAUGAGUUGGGGAAAGUCAUCUUGAAGAGAUUUUUCUUGCUUGUUCUUGUACUUGAUAGAGCCAAAUGUCAAAGCAGUCUUCCUUGUAAAUAUGGUAUUGAUGGUUUAGACGGGGGAUCCCCUCUGUUGUUCUCUUUGCAAUCACAUGUUAAAUCUAGCAAUCAACUUAUAAAUGAGUUCUUAUCUUCGGAUGUGAUGCAUGGUGAGGGUAACCUUCUAGCACAUUUAGUCAUUAUGGGGUUUAAAGCAACUUAUCAACAGAAUCCUUUGGUAGAGUAUCAAUUCAAGGUGGUUGAUAUAUUUGAAGAUCUUCACGAUGGUGUGCGACUUUGCAGAGCUGUUCAGCUCUUGCAGCAUGAUCCAUCUAUCUUAGUGAAAAUGUUGGUUCCAUCAGACACCCGCAAAAAGUGUUUGAAUAACUGUGGUGUGGUUUUGCAAUAUGUGCAACAAGCUAGUGUGCCAAUAGUAGAUGAAGAUGGUACUAUUAUAAUGGCCGAAGAUGUUGUUAAUGGGGAUAAGGAACUCAUCAUUUCAUUGCUAUGGAACAUGUUUGUGCACUUACAGUUGCCACUUCUAAUCAACAAGGAGCUGAUGGUUGCGGAGAUUCAAAAGAUACAAGGGUUUGAGGGGAAAUGCACAAACAGUCAUACUCAUUUGGACAUGCUUUUGUGUUGGAUCCAGGCCAUUUGUAAGAGUUAUGAUCUUAAGGUUGAUGCAUUUUCUUCAUUGGCCGAUGGAAAAGCUAUGUGGUGCUUGCUCGAUUUUUACUUCAGGAAGGAACUACAUUGUUCUUGUUCACUUAAGGCGAGCGAUGAAGUGGAAGUUUCCAUUGUAUCUGCUAUUGAUUAUACAGAUGCGGUGCACAAUUUCAUUUUAUCCCAAAAGCUGCCAUCCCUAUUGGGGAAAUUUCCAGAGGUUUUACAAGUCAGUGACAUACUUGAAAGUAAUGGAGCCUGCAAUGAUCGGAGUGUGGUUAUACUCUUGGCAUUUCUCUCAUUUCAACUGCUUGUCAGAAGAAAUACGGAGCAUUUGAACUUUCAUAAAUUGUUGGGAUUUAAUUGUCAAAGUCCUGAAAGGAGAAGGCUAAGCAAAGACAAAUGGUUUAUGAAUCCUGCAACUGACAUGAAGCAAGAAAGAAUCCACACUUCUGAAGAUGCUGCAAAAGAUUUCAAGGCAAUAAUGUCCUGGUGGAAAGACAUGGCUCUACGUAAUAAUAAAUCUGACAUGGAGCAAGUACCUGAGACAAAACAAGAGUUAUUUACCUGUAAAGGAGGCUGUAGCAGUGAAAGGGGCUUUUCAGUCAAUAACCAAGAUAUAAUGAAGUCCAAAAAUUCUGCACAACCCAUUCAGGCUGCUACAAGGAUGUCGAUCAAUGAGCUGCAUCAAGAGGGAAGUAAAGAGAUUCAAAAAUUUUCAGAUUUUCAUCUUAGUAAUGCUUGCAUUGUCAUUCAGAAAUGCUUCCGUGGAAGUAUAGCACGAUCUAUGUUUGCAAACAUGAUUUCUCAAGCAAAAGCAGCAGUAAUUAUACAACGUGCUUGGAUAAUAUACAGAGGACAGAUGUUGUCUCUCCAGACUAGACACUCUGCGGCGUUAAAAAUUCAAACGCAUUGGCAUGGUUGGUUAAUGAGGAAGGCAUUCAUUAAUAAGAAGAAAUCAGCAGCACUUAUCCAGAGUACUUUCCGUUCUAUGAAAUGCUCAAGGGAUUUUAAGCGCUACAGAUGUGAAGUUAAGUCAGCGAUCAUAAUUCAGGCCUAUGUUCGUGGAUGGAUUGCUCGUAGAGAUUAUAAUCGGUGUAAAUAUCUCAUUGUUAACAUUCAGAGCCAUUGUCAUGGGUGCAUAAAAAGGAAAGAACUGUCCCUACAGAAAGAGGCGGCAGUUAAGAUCCAAACUGCAGCCCGUUGGAUGAUACAUAAUAACACAUUCCUUUCCCGGAAACACGCUGCAACUGAAAUACAGCGCUUUGUCAGAGGAGAAAUUACAAGAAAGAGGCUUCUAGGUUCGUCACGCUAUCGUAGGACUUCAAGUAGCACCUUCAAAGUAUCUGAAUUGAGAAUAUUUCUGCAAUCAGUGACAAAGUUGCAAAGGUUGUGGAGGGCUGUUUUGUUAAAUAGACAAAGAGAAAGAUCAGAAAUUGUUAUCCAAUCACAUAUUCGUGGAUGGAUUGCCAGGAAACAAGCUUCCAAGAAAAGACAUGGGAUUAUUGUGAUCCAGUCAUACACGAAAGCUUAUCUUGUAAGGAAAGAUUUAAAAGGCGAGCUUCUUGAUCUGCGUUUGAGAGUGCAAAAGUCUGCUGCAAACAUUGAUGAUGGUAUGCGUAUAAUCAACAGACUUCUUGCUGCAUUAUCAGAACUUCUGAAUAUGAAAAGUGUGAGUGGCAUUCUCCACACUUGUGCAACUUUAGAUAUGGCAACAAAGCAUUCUCAAAGGUGUUGUGAGGAACUUGUUGCUGCGGGAGCUGUUCAGAUUUUAAUAAAGCAAAUACGGUCUCACUCGUGACUGCAUCGACACAAUUUUCUUGGAGUUUUUAAGAAACAAAGAGGAGGGGUAUUUUAUUGCUGCUGAGCUUUUGAAGAAACUGUUUCUUCAUCCCAAUGGCAUUGAAGUUGUGCACAAGUUACCAGCUCUUGUGAAGAGGCUACACAAUCACGUGGAAGAGCUCUCUAGGAAGGCAAAAAAUGAUAAAAGGACUACUCAAGCUGUAGCCAUGAGAGAAAAGGUUGACAGAAGAUUGAGAGAAGCUGUUGAGAUUUUGGAAUUGAUCAAGUCAUCAAACUCAAAUUAAGCCUCAACUAUGGUUCUGCUGCAAUCUGUUGGUUUUUUUAUAGCUUUGAGAUAUUCUUGUAGUCUGAUCUUUAGAUAUUU